AUGGAUCCUGGUGCCGGUGCUGGUGUCGUUGUCGCGCCCAACCCAAAAACAGACCCUGCGCUGUACGAGAACCGUAACGGGGAUAUACUCGGAGCCUCGAUAACUUUGCUCAUUCUUCCUACUUUGGCUGUCACCUUACGUCUGCUGUCAAGAUGGAUGUCAAGGGCUGGAUUCUGGUGGGAUGACGCUACAGUAAUUCUGGCAAUGCUAUUCGCAUGGGGCCCCUGCAUCAUCAUGAUCCUCAGUUCCCAUCACGCAAUGGGCCAUCAUCUCCUCUCCCUAUCACCACUGGACCUAUACUCGUAUUUCAAGUACAACUAUGCUUUCGAAUUCUUGUAUGCGCUUGCUAUGGCGAGCGUCAAAUAUUCCAUCAUCUUGUUCCAGUAUCGAAUUUUCCCUAUCGUCCAAUUUCGGCGCAUCCUCAAGUACUGCGGCCUCUUCGUUGUAGCCUUUACUGUUUCAAUCAUCAUUGUGUUCAUCUGGCAAUGUACGCCAAUCUCCGCCUUCUGGACCACCCUUGCUGGCGAACUCCCCGGAACGCACCCGGGUCGUUGCAUUAAAGUCGAGCUAUUUUUGAUCAUCAUUGGCUCCAUCAACGCUGCUACAGAUUUUGCCCUCUUGGUCUUGCCUAUACCCAUACUUUGGCAUCUGAAGACCGGCACACCACAGAAGCUACUACUGACCUUCAUUUUCAUCAUGGGCAUGACUGUCUGCGCGGUUAGUAUAGUUCGACUGGUCGUAAUCUCCCAAUUCCAUGGAACCGACAUAACCUACGCAUAUGUCUCCGGCUCCAUCUGGACUGCCGCCGAACCCUCAAUAGCCGUCGUAUCCGCCUGCAUUCCCUCCCUCCGGCCACUUUUUGUCCGCGUCGUCUGGGGCGGCACCCACAGGCCUAAACCACCACUCCCCGAGACUUACCCUACCUCUUCAUGGCGCAGCGGCACCAAGAUCCAUCCAGACCGGAGCUUCAACCGGCUGGAGGACAAUAGCUUGCCCAAUAUUUACAGCGGCAACGGAAGCGCGUGGAAUCACAAAACAGAUGUGUACGGUGGGAAGAGGGGAAAGAGAAGGGGCGAGGUGGAUGAAGAGGAGAUUGAGCUAGGUGGCAAUGAGGAGGCAGGAUCACCGACGCCGGUAAACAGGAUUAGAGCGCAGACGACGGUAGUGUUGACAAUUAGCGAGAGGGUGGAAUGGCAGGACGAUCUAUUCUGA